GGUAAUUUGAUGCCUGAGAGAAUGGGACUGUUGAAGGUUCACCUCCCCAAAUGACAGCUUGCUCAGCAGUCUGCCUCCUGACCAGUGAGCUGCCAGAGCCGCGCUGUCUGCUCCCAACUCAAAGGUCUCUGCACGUUGGACUUCAGGCACCGGCGGAUACCAUUGUACUGCUGACACCUGAUACAUGUGCACACAUAUCAGAAAGGUGCACCACAGAAUGUCUUCCCUCUCCCAGCUGAAGGAACAUUUCCGUAGGGCGGAUGCAGUUUGCUUUGAUGUGGACAGCACGGUUAUUAAAGAGGAGGGCAUAGAUGAACUGGCUAAGUUCUGCGGAGUGGGAGAUGCUGUGGCAGAGAUGACUCGCAAAGCAAUGGGCGGAUCUCUGACCUUCAAGGCUGCUCUGACUGAGAGGCUGGCAUUAAUUCGCCCAUCUAGGGAACAAGUACAAGCUUUGAUAACAGAGCACCCUCCAAGGCUCACCGAGGGGAUAAAAGACCUCAUUCACCGACUGCACCAGCGAAAUGUCCAGGUUUUCCUGAUAUCUGGAGGAUUUCGUAGCAUUGUGGAACAUGUAGCCGCAGAAUUGGACAUCCCAAUCACUAAUGUGUAUGCAAACAGGCUCAAGUUUUAUUUCAAUGGUGAAUAUGCUGGCUUUGAUGAGGCACAGCUCACUGCAGAAUCUGGUGGUAAAGGAAAAGUGAUCGGCUUAUUAAAGGAGAAGUAUGGCUUACACCAUGUAGUAAUGAUUGGCGAUGGAGCUACUGACAUGGAAGCCUGUCCUCCUGCUGAUGGUUUCAUUGGAUUUGGAGGAAAUGUUAUCAGACAACAAGUAAAGGAAAAGGCCAAGUGGUACAUUACAGACUUCGAGGAGCUCUUGAGGGAACUGGACAAUGACAGCAUCAAAAUGAACCACAAUGAAAUAAUUGACUAACAAUGUGCUCCCGCUUAGUAUAGGAUUUUCUUCAAAUUGCAGUGUGGUCGGUACACUGCUGAAAGACAGAAGGAGAUGGAUGAUAGAUAGUCCUUAUAGUAAUAUGUAACAGGUAUGGUCUAGUCUGACAGUUAGCACUGAGCAUGCUGUCAUGGUAUGAUUAUCUGACCAGCUAUCCGUUUUAAAGCAAAACUCCCCCCCAAACCUAAACAAGAAGGUAUGGCUGGAGCUAAGCUUAAUAUCCCAUUCUUCCAAGUCCUACUCGCUGGGAUCCAUGAAUUGGCUACCUGGAUUGCUGUAUGAAGUGAGGAAAUGUUAUCGCCUUCCUGCACCUUUCUGACUUGGUGUGUGCUUUAAAGGGGUUUUCCAGGAGUACAAUAUUGAUUAGGUCAUCAACAUCUGAUUAGUGGAGGUUCCUACUCCCGACACCCCCACUGAUCAGCUAUUUGAAGAAGCUAUCACACACUAGUGAGCUCUGUGGCCUCUUCCUAGGGCAGUGAUGUCACAUUUAUUGGUCACAUGGCCUGUGUGCAGCUCAGUUCAAUGUAAUGUAUGGCACUGUGCUUGGUAUGCUAUGAGAAUAAUGCAGCCUCUUCAAACACUUCAUCGGUGACAGUGCUGCAUGUUGGGUCCUCACCUACUAGAUAUUGAUAGGUCAUCAAUAUUCUACUCCUGGAGAACCUCUUUUAGGCCUUUUUCACACUGGCGUUAGGAUUGUCCGGCAGGGGAACAGCCUGCUGGAUCCAUACUAACGUUUGCAUAGGUGUGCUGCCGGAAGUCCGCCCUGGCCCCAUUCACCAUAAUGGGGACCGGCGGGAGAUGCGGCUGCAGCACGGUAAACAUGCCGAGAGGUGGCCGGACAAGCCUAAUGCCAGUGUGAAAGAAGCCUAAAAGUUGCCAUCAACAUUCCAAUAAUUUAUACAAUUCUAUUGUAUCGAGUAUUUAGUGAAUUACUACAGCGUUCUUCAUCAAUAGAGUGUCUCAGAUGAGGCUCAAUAGAAAAAUGGAAUUGUAAAUGGUUUAUGUUAUGGCAGAAUAUCUGAAUGCACUACGAAUAAGCGCAUGUAUUUUUUUUCCCACCUGUGUUGCUACGUUUUUUCUGGGUAUAUUUUGCAGGAUGGGAGAUUUAUCAAAACUGAAGCAAAGAAAAACUAACUUAGUUGCUCAUAACAGCCAAUUGGUUUCCACCUGUCAUUUUGCAGAGCUGCUUGGGAAAAUAAAACUAUUGAUUGGAUUGGGUGCUUUGGACAGUUAAAGCGGUUGUCCCAUGACUAAUGUAACAAAUAAAAAUAUAUAAGACAUAAUCACUUUCUAACAAAGCUAGAACCAGCCC